GAUCUUUGAUACUCGGACAAAACUGGGGAAAGGGACCCACUUUUUUUGUCGCUCGUACUCUCGCUUUGGAAUCAUUUAAAAUAAUAGUAAUAAUUAAGAAUACAUAUCGAAUUUGAGGAAUGGUCGCUUACGAGUUAUUUUAUUUUGUUAUUCUGGCUUAUUUGUCAUCGGAGGUUCUGAAGGGAAAUGUGAAUGAGGGGAGCUUGUUUUGGAUUCGCCAUUUUUUUGGACCCAAGGAAAUACCUUCAAACAUGCAUAGACUUUGUUGUUUUUGUUGUUUUAACUUAUAUGUUUACAAUUUGUAUUGUAGUACACCAACAUUUAGACUUUGUGUAAACAUACACAUUGGUAGUGGCUGACUAUUCAUCAAGAGUAUUGUUAGUUGUGAUGUGGUUUGGGUGGGGAGGACAAAAAUGAUUGUUUUGAAAAUAAUGUUCAAUUUGCAUAUUGAAUUUUGAGUUCAUUCAUAAUCGGGUGCAUACCUCAUUCAUAUGCAUUGAUCAGCACUCUACACAUACACAAACGUUGUUUAUUUAUUCAUUAUUGAUUAACAUAGCUUGACUGGAUUACGGUAUUGGAAAAUAUUUAUUAAAUAAUAUCAUAAAUUAAUAUACAGUAUAUUUUUAUAUUCAAAUUUUGGUUCCACAAAUAAGAUUAAUGCAUAACUGCUGCUUCAGUACUAGGAUGAGAUGGUCUUAUUAUUAACGGUCACAUUUUGCAGAAAAUGACAUUUUACAGUUUACAUAAAUGUUUUUAAAAGAAAUUCAAAAUGAAAAAUGCUAUUGUCUAUUCUAAUUCGAAUACUAUUUGUUUAAUUAAACAAUGUUACACUUGAUUGUACAUCUUUUUUUCAAAAGGGAAAUUUAAGUCUUUUCUUGUAUUGUGAAUACAUACAGUAUAAAUGUUUUUUUUUUUCCACCUGGUUAAAAUUGGAUGUUUUUUUUUUUUUCUUCUGAUAUUCUAUUCAUAACCUUACAGCAUGAUUUGCUAAUGCUAGUUAGUUGAGGUUAUAUCUUCUUGGAUGAAUGGCAUGGAUUCUUGCAUUUAAUUUUUUUUUUGCAUGCAUCUUCCAUUCUGCCUGUGUGGCUUGAUAGAACACUUUAUAAUAUACAUCAAUAUCAAACACACGAGAACUCUAUGUAAAUGUUAAAGUAAUAAUUUAAAAACAACAAUUACAAUGCCAAAAAAGACAUUCAUCCACCAUGCUGUCAAACUGCCAAAUGCCAAUUUAGCGGCCAAUUCGUUGCCAUGGAGAUGCAUUCAAAACAAAUUCAUGCAAAGAUGAAUUAAAUGACUUAUUCUCACAAACAAGUACCGCUCAGUGACAAAAUCCUUCUCAUUUCUUUUCAACAGCUUUCUUUCAAGUGUUAUUAAAAGCAAGCGUCUGGUGGUGGUGGUCCCCAACGAGAGCUCCUUCCCGGCAGUGCGGCGGGCUUACACCAGCGAGGAUGAGGCAUGGCGCUCAUACCUGGAGAACCCGUUAACGGCUGCCACCAAAGCAAUGAUGAGCAUCAAUGGCGAUGAGGACAGCGCCAACGCAUUGGGCCUCCUCUACGACUACUACAAGGUUCCUAAAGAAAAGAGACUUCUGACCACUCCCAAAGUAGUGGAAGUCACAGAAGAGCAAGAAAAAAGGUUGCCUAGCAACACCAAUGGCGUCGAAACCGAGGCCUUGGACAACCGGGUCCAGGUCCUCAAGUCGGUACCCGUCAACCUGUCGCUAAACACGGAGCAUCCCGAACCAGGCAGCGCGGGAUCCGUUGCCCUGGUGAAGGCUGAAGCUUACACGCCCGUCUACAUGACGACGGGUGCCGGGCUCCACUAUCGCGUGGAUGGUGAAGAACAGUCCCGGGUGGUCUAUGAGCAGAGCCCCUACGAAGUGACCACUGUUAGUCACAGCUCUUACGUGAAGGAGGACCAGCAGAGCCCGCCAGACAGUCCCUUUGACGAGGACAGAGACACGAAGUACCACACGCCGUCCUCCCUGGCGUCAGACGACUUUUUGUUCCACCAGGACGGAACCGACAGCUUCCAGUACACACUUGACGCCACACGCUCGUUACGCCAGAAGCAGGGUGAGGGCCCAAUGACUUACCUGAACAAGGGCCAAUUCUACGCUGUCACCCUUAACGAACUCAGCGCCAACAAGCGCCUACGACACCCAAUCAGCAAAGUGCGGAGUGUGAUCAUGGUGGUGUUCAGUGAGGACAAAAACCGGGACGAGCAGCUGAAAUACUGGAAGUACUGGCACUCCAGGCAACACACGGCCAAGCAGAGAGUGCUGGAUAUCGCCGACUAUAAGGAGAGCUUUAACACCAUUGGAAACAUUGAGGAAAUUGCCUAUAAUGCCAUUUCCUUCACGUGGGAUGUCAACGAAGAGGCUAAGAUCUUCAUCACAGUCAACUGCCUGAGUACGGACUUCUCGUCGCAAAAGGGUGUCAAGGGUCUGCCUCUGAUGAUCCAAAUGGACACGUACAGCUACAACAAUCGCAGCAACAAGCCUCUCCACAGGGCCUACUCCCAGAUCAAGGUCUUCUGCGACAAGGGAGCUGAGCGAAAAAUAAGAGACGAAGAGAGAAAGUUGUUCCGCAAGAAGUCCAAAGGUAAAGAUGGCGGCGUGGGCGUGAUAACGGCUGCCAAGAAGUCGGAUACGACGUAUUUCAAGACGAUGAGUGACCUGGAAGCGCAGCCUGUCCUUUUCAUCCCUGACGUCCAUUUUGGAAACCUGCAGAGGGCCGGACAGGUGUUCACAUUCAACACGGAGGAGAUGGAGCGAGAAGGGAGCGUGCUGGUCAAGAGGAUGUUCCGGCCGUCGGACGAAGACUUGUGUCCGUCUCCUCACAAGCAGAUCAAGGAGGAGACGCACAAGAGAGUGCUGCUGUACGUACGCAAGGAGACGGAUGAAGUGUUCGACGCCCUCAUGCUCAAGUCACCUACGCUGCGAGGCCUCACAGAUGCGAUAUCGGAAAAGUACGGCUUGACCACCGAGAAGAUCACCAAAGUCUACAAGAAAAGCAAAAAAGGCAUCCUGGUGAACAUGGACGACAACAUCAUCGAGCAUUACUCCAACGAAGAUACGUUCAUCUUACAUAUGGAGAGCUACGCCGACACCUACAAGGUCACGCUGACUGAAAUAUAAAACAAACAAAAGACUGCACCGAUUUAUUAUCGCCGUUCUUUAAAGUUUGAAAUAAUGGAACCGAGUCACGGUUCUUCUGUAAAAAACGUGUCUUGUUACUGUGUAAAUAUUUGAUUUGUAUUGACAAAACCACUUCACCGUUGUUAAAAUGUGCUUGUAGCCUCGAUUAGUUCUUCAUUAGCAGCUUCUUUGCAUGCUCGCCUUGAUUUGUAUGUAUCGUUGUUUUUAUAGUUGUAUUAUUUAUUUCUCUGGUAUUACAUGUAUAUAUCCAAACAUUUCAAGUAGUUCACAUUUCAGCGAUUUCAGAGUAAGUCGCCCUCUUGUGACAUUGUUCAAAGUAAAAUGUCAAUAUUCAAGAAAUGAAUAAAAACGUGCCAUGAAAA